UCCUGAGGGGUGGGGGGGGCGGCGGCGGGGGGACCAAUCCCUGGGUUCCGGCCCCCCAUUCGCAGUAUGGAGUCGUCCCGGGGGCGGCUGGGGUCCGGAGCAGACGUACUAGCUGUUGGGGAGCAGCAGCAGGCCGCGGUUUUCAGCAGCCGGCCGAGCCGGAUGCCUUCCAAGCCGCCUUCAGUUCUGAGGGUGUCCGGGGAGGAAGAGGCCGAGAAGGCUGGGAUCGUGAGCCGCCCCCCGCGAGCGACCCCGAAGGUCUCCCAUAGCGGCUCUGUCCACCGGAGGCCCGAGGCUUGGCCGGACGAGCCCGGGCCCCGGGAGGCGCUGACUGGGACCGAGGACCGCCGAAGGGCGCCGGCUUCCGAGCAUGGCCCGCCCCGGUCCUUGUGGCACCCAGACCCCGAGCCGCCUGAGGACGAGCCUGCCUCGGAGAGGAUCUGCCGUCGGGGGAGCCCGGGAGGCGUGGAGAUGAACGCGGACGAGGAGGAGGCGGCGGCGCUGGAGGACGAGGAGGAGGAGGAGGAGGAGGCGGCGGCGGCCGGGCGCGCUGGCCGCUCCUUCUCCAGCCGCCUUCAGGACAGCCGCAGCCUGGACGGGCUGAGUGGGGCGUGCGGCGGCGGCGCGGGGUCGGCCGGGGCCGCCGAGCCCGGCGCGGGGGGCGGGCGCCGCGCCACCAUCUCCAGUCCCCUGGAGCUGGAGGGCACCGUGAGCCGGCACGGCGACCUCACCCACUUCGUGGCGAACAACCUGCAACUCAAAAUCCGUCUGAGUGCCGCCCCUGCCGCCCUGGCCCCGGCCCCGGCGCGGCCAGGCCUGCCCCCGGCCCCCGCGUCCAGCAUCCCGCCCAUCGACCCUGACGUGCUGCGGGAUCUGGAACGGCUGAGUCGGGAACUGGGCGGUCGGGUGGAUCGUCUGCUGCGCGGGCUGGGGGGCGCGGUGCAGGAGCUGACGGCGCUGAGCGUGGGCUGCAUCCAGACCUACCGCGACGCCGUGGACUCCCUGGGGGAAGCGGUGGACAUGAGCAUCAAGGGCAUGUACACGCUGCUGGCGCGCUGCGAGGAGCUGGAGCGGGCGCUGCAGCCGGUGCAGGGGCUGGCGCGCCAGGUCCGAGACAUCCGACGCACACUGGAAGUAUUGGAGGCCCUGUGCAAGUGAUCAGGAGCACGGAAGAGGCCGUUCCUGGCCCCAGGACGCGGGGCCCAGCAGGACCCCGAGGACUCUCUCCCCAGGAGCCGGUGUGUUGGAGAGAUGCAUCUAACUUGACCUGUGGCCGCCUGCUCACUGGGGCCUGCAGGAGUUGUACUGGGGAAGUCCUGACAGUUUUGGUGGGACGGGAUGUUGCUCUGCUUCUACUAAUUUAGCCAUUUAUUGCUACCUUCUUCUCCCCCAACUCUUUCUCCCUAGCUAGAGCACCAUCCCUGGGAACCCAGCGCCUUGAGUCUGGGCUUGAGGGUGGGGACGCGACUCCCAUUUUUGUGAUCAAGAGAAGGGAACAGAGGAGGCCCCCAGCCCCAAUGUGGCCAUCUGACUCCGUGGCCAUAUUCUCAGGUGUCAGGGGCUUUGGGAGCUUGAGUAGUCAUGGGUCGCACGCCAUGCAGGCAAGAUACAUACGUGAAGAUGAAUCACCUCCUGCUUCUCUCCCUGGUCGCUUACCACACCACUUCCCUAGCCUGAACUGGAGUGUAGCUGGGAGGAACGCGCUGCGUGGUGGAGGAGGUGAGGUAGGAGGGGUCUCACUGCUCUCAGGGUUCAAGAAGAAUUGUCGCUGGUUUUGAAGCCCACCUGUUGUGGAGUGUUCUAAUCAGUUUUGGCUUUCUGAGUUUUUGUGGAAUUAAAAGUGUUGCUGCUGCUGCUAA